CAGAAGGGAAUUCUACAGACAACUAAUACCUUGAACCCAGUUUACAUUGCAAAUAAUAAUGAAUAAAGGAAACCACUCUUCUGUAAAUGAAUUUAUUCUUCUGGGACUCACAGACAAUCCUAAAAUGCAGCUCCCUCUUUUUAUGUUGUUUCUGCUGGUUUAUGUCAUUACUGUAAUAGGGAACGCUGGGAUGAUCUUGUUAAUCUGCACUGACCUGCAGCUUCACAACCCCAUGUAUUUUUUCCUGGCUAAUUUGUCUUUUGUUGACCUCUGCUACUCUACAGUCACUAGCCCCAAAAUGCUGGCUGACUUCUUCACCAACAGUAAAAGGAUAUCAUACAAUGCCUGUGCUUUACAGUUAUAUUUAUUUACAUUCUUUGCAGAUGUAGAGUGUGCAUUGCUGGCUGUGAUGGCUUAUGACCGAUAUGUGGCUAUUUGUAAUCCACUGCUUUAUACAGUGAUUAUGUCAAAGAAGGUUUGCAAAAGGCUGAUGGCUGUAGCAUAUGUUAUAGGCACAGUAGACUCAAUUGCAUACACCUGCUCAACAUUCCACCUUUCAUUCUGCAGCUCCAAUGUCCUCAAUCAUUUCUUCUGUGACAUGCCUCCUCUUUUUGAGCUCGCAUGCUCUGACACCUAUGUCAGUGAGAUUGUGGUGUUUAUCUUUGAUGGCUAUGUUGAAGCAGGUAGCCUUGGAAUUAUUCUUGUUUCCUAUAUUUACAUCUUGACAACCAUUAUGAGAAUGCACUCUACUGAAGGUAGACAGAAAGCUUUUUCCACCUGUACCUCCCACCUGACAAUUGUUGGGAUGUUCCAUGGGACAGCACUCUUCAUGUAUCUUCAACCCAGUUCUAGCCACUCAAUGGAACAAGACAAAUGGAUCUCAGUAUUCUAUGCUGUAGUCAUCCCCAUGCUAAACCCGUUGAUCUACAGUCUCAGGAACAAAGAUGUAAAACAUGCCCUGACAAAAGCACUUUGUAAGAAGGGCUUCUGA